AUGGCUCCCACCGCGACUGCGCCACGCCAGGCUGGCACUGACGCUGGCCCUGAUGCUACCGCCGUCGCUCCCGGCUCGCCCCAGUCAUCCGCUGGCGCCUCGGCAGACAUGGCGCAGCCCCUUACGGAGCGAUGGGACGGCCUGGACACCAACAUCCUCGGCGACCUCGCGCGCAGGGGCCUCAUGUCGACGCUCGACACCAUCAAAGAAGCAAAGACGCUCAUGCUCGAUCCGUCCUUGGCAGGCCCCCUCGGUCUCGUCGCCGACGUAUCCGGCCUCAAGCAGCACGGCGUCGAAAAGAUGUUUUGGCUCGAACCAGCAUCGGCGGCCUUUGUCUCCAAGACCGACACCGCCCACUCCCAGGCUCUCUCCAAGGCGGGCCUCAAGAGCGUCAAUGCUCCCACAAAGUCCGUCGUCUACAUCUGCCGUCCCGAGAUCAAGUGGAUGAAGGCCAUCGCAGAGCACCUACGCGCGGAUCGCAGCGUGCGUCCCACCUCGCCCCUGCAGCACACCUACACCAUCUCGUUUGUUCCGCACAGGACCGAGCCCUGUCUGCAGUUCCUCGAUCAAGAGGGCGUGCUUUCCGACGUCUCGCUACUCGACUUUGGUCUCGAGUUCGUACCACUCGAUCACGAUCUCAUCAGCCUCGAGGACGACGCAGCCUGGAAGAAGAUCUAUUGCGACGGCGACCACACCCCCAUCUUCCGCUCGGCACAGGCGCUCAUGACGCUUCAGCACGCCUACGGACUCUUCCCACGCGUGCUGGGCAAAGGCGCCCUCGCACGUCGGCUCGCCGAUCUGCUCAUCCGCCAGAGGCGCGAACACCUCGCCUCGGAUCCCUCCAACCCGGCGCUCACCACGCCGAGCCAGCUCAUCGACAGCCUCAUCAUCAUCGAUCGCUCCGUCGACUACGCUACACCGCUCUGCACGCAGCUCACCUACGAAGGCCUCGUAGACGAGGUGGUGGGCAUCAGCAAUGGCCACGUCGAGGUCGACCCUGCCCUGCUCACGGGACAGGCGCAGCCGCCCGGUGGUGGUAUGGGCGCCCAGCCGCACGCAUCGGGCAGCGGUACGCCGCUGCAGAUGACGUCGACGCCCAAGAAGCGCAAGCACCGGCUGGACGCGUCGACCGACGUGCUGUUUGGCGAGAUCCGCGACCUCAACUUUGCCGUCGUCGGCGAUCGGCUGCACCGCGCCGCCAAGCGGCUCAACCACGACUACGAGGGGCGCCACCAGGCCAAGACCGUGUCGCAGAUCCGCGCGUUUGUGGGCAAGCUGGGUGGGCUGCAGUCGGAGCACGCGUCGCUGCGGCUACACACGGGCCUCACCGAGAAGAUCAUGGAGUGGACGGCGCGCGAGGAGUUCAACCGCAUGCUCGAGGUGCAGCAGAACUCGGUGGCGGGCCUCGAGCUCGGCGCGCAGUACGCCGCUAUCGAAGACAUGAUCAACGAGGAGCGCGACCUGCUCGGUGUGCUGCGGCUGCUGUGCCUCACGAGUGUGGUGGGGCACGGCAGUGCGGCGGGCGGGAUCAAGCCCAAGAACCUCGAGUUUGUCAAGCGCGAGAUUGUGCAGACGUACGGCUACCAGCAUCUGCCGCUGCUGCUGGCGCUGCAGAAGGUGGGGCUGCUCACGCGAGCGGCGCCCGGCGCGGCGGAUGCGGGUGGCGGCGUCGCAGCUGGCUUUGGCGCGCUCACGAGCGUCGUCGGCGGCGGAUCGUCGGCGGCGGGUGGCGCGGCAGCCGGCGAUGGCAAGGACGAAGGCGGACGCGGCGGCUUUGCGUCGGUGCGCCGCAGUCUGCGCCUGAUCAACGACGAUGUGGACGAGCGUGCGCCGAGCGACAUCUCGUACGUCUACUCUGGGUAUGCGCCGCUGUCGGUGCGUCUGGUGCAGGCGGUGGCGCAGAAGGAGGCGCUGCUGGACGUCGGGCGUGCGGCCAGUACGGCGCUGCGUCCCGGUGGGCGGAGUGUGAAGCCGCGCGCGCACCCGAUCGUGGGCUGGCGCGGCUUUGAGGAUGUGGUGGGCCAGCUUCCCGGCCCGACGUUUGACGAGGUGCAGUCGGCAGCCGCGGGGCCGGGCGGGAGCGAGACGUCGACGGCGGGUGCGGCGGCGACGAUGCCGUCGGAUGCGGACCAGGUGACGACGACGCUGGUGUUCUUCCUGGGCGGAGUGACGCAUACGGAGCUGGCGGCGCUGCGGUUCAUGAACGGCCAGACGCGCAACCGACGCUUUGUGGUGGCCACCACCAACACCAUCAACGGCAACGAGCUCAUCCGCAGCCUGAGUUCGGUGCCACUCUAA